AUGCAAUUGUAGUGAGAAUUGAAUCAUAAGUUUUGACAUUAGCUAUACUUUUGAGUGCAUUUGCUUUGAGUUCACAAUCAGUCUCUGAUUUGACACAAAAGUGUUUAACUAAUCGUACGAUAAGUUUGGCCAUCAAUUGAGUGAACAAUGUCUGCGAAGAGCACUUCCGAUAUGUUAAGAGCUGGUCAUGUGUUUGCCGUCGAAGCGGACAAACAGUCAAACAAUGGCUUAACCGACGAUCAAAAUUACAAGAAGUUGCGGACGUAUCACACGAACAACGCUUUGAAACUCAAUUUAGUGGAUCUGUUCGCCGAAGACUCGCAACGAUUUGACAAAUACAGUGUAAAGCUCUCGACACCAAAAGGCGGACACAUUUUGUUUGAUUACUCGAAGAAUUUAAUCAACAAAGAAGUGUUGGAUCUGUUGUUGUCUUUGGCUGCGAGUCGUAAUGUGGAGACAAUGCGAAAGAAGCUGUUCUCUGGCGAGAAGAUUAAUUUUACCGAAAAUCGAGCCGUUCUUCACGUGGCGUUGAGGAACAGAUCCAACACUCCUAUCGUUUUGGAUGGAAAUGAUGUGAUGCCAGAAGUGAAUCGUGUUUUGGGCAAAAUGAAGACAUUCACCGAUGAUGUCAUUUCUGGCAAAUGGAAGGGAUAUACCGGCAAAAAGAUCACAGAUGUGGUCAACAUAGGAAUCGGUGGCUCAGACUUGGGACCAGUUAUGGUUACGGAAGCGCUGAAACACUAUAGAGUUGGACCUAAAGUACAUUUUUGCUCGAAUAUCGACGGAACACAUCUGGCGGUCAUUCUGUCGGAACUGAAUCCCGAGACCACUCUAUUUAUAAUAGCGUCGAAAACAUUUACAACUCAAGAGACUAUCACUAACGCCGAGUCCGCCAAAGAGUGGUUCCUUAAGUCUGCCAACGAUGCGAAAGCUGUGGCCAAACAUUUUGUCGCCCUUUCGACAAACAAAGAGAAAGUAACCGCUUUUGGAAUCGACGAGAACUCGAUGUUUGAGUUCUGGGAUUGGGUCGGCGGC